ACUAAUUAAUCAGCGCCUUACAAAUCAGUUGCAGUUUUCGUCAUUCGUGCUCUAAAUAUUAGUUGGUACAGACGUGGCUUCUUAUAGAGUCUCCUAGAAAACUGGGGAAAAAAUGUGGACUCCGAAGUUGGUUAUCCUUCUGUCCUUAAUGUUCUGUGCGGAAGCUGCGAUGACACUCCGUGAACUGUCGACGGUCUACCUACCGUACGGGUACGCACCGAGCGGGGACGGACUUUUCGCCCGAGAUACUGGUGCCGCGGAACAGUGCGUGUACGACGCAGCGACGGCGACGGUGUACACUGUCGGUGAGCAUUUCAUCCACGUCACGGAUUACUCUGACGUCAUGAAGCCAGUUGUCGUUUACCACGAGGCACUUCCCGCCGUAGGAAAUGACGUAGAAUUAUGCGGUAAUGUGGUGGGCGUGGCUCUGGAUGGACAUCCGGGCACUGUUGGAUUGUACAGGGUGUAUGACGUACAGAGUGGCCAGCUGGAAUCACUAGCAAUGGUAACAGUUGGUGAUAGGCCAGAUAUGCUACAGUUUACCCAGGACUGUGGUACGAUCGUGGUUGCCAACGAAGGAGAGCCUUACGAGGAGUCUGGCUACAUCAUUGACCCUGAAGGGUCUGUCUCACUCAUCCACGUUGAUGGCGUCAACUCAACUGUCGUGAACUUAGACUUCAAGUCUUUCAAUUCCAGGGCGGAUGAAUACGUUCGUCAGGGAGUCAGGUGGCCGUAUAAAGGAGAGUUAGGUCAGAGUUCAAACAAUCUAUCCCAGUCUCUGGAACCGGAGUAUAUCGCAUUAAAUAAUGACGACACUAAAGCCUACAUAGGUCUGCAGGAGAACAAUGCAAUCGCCGUGAUCGACCUGGUAUCCGAGACCAUUGUUGAUAUCCACUCUUUGGGUUUCAAAUCCUGGCAUAAUCUCCUUCUGGAUCCCAGCGACAAGGAUGGAGGCAUUAACUUCGCCGCAUAUGGUAUCUUCAGUACAUACCAGCCAGAUUCAAUCAAGUACAUGAGAGUGGAUGGAGUGGAUUACAUUGUGACGGCCAACGAAGGGGAUGACAUGUCACUUUCAGCCGGCGGUAACUCCUGGAAAGAGGCCCAGCGUGGAGAAGACUUCGUUGAUGAAAAUCAACUUUCAAGCUCCGUACCAGAUGCGGUCAGAGCUGCACUUGCCGAUCAUAAAAAGCUUGGACGGUUGAAAUUUAGCACUGUCGACGGUCGGAGCACGCAGGAUACCAGCAAGUUUGAACGACUCUAUUUCUAUGGCGCCCGUAGCGUUACGGUGUUCAGGGCCGACGACUUUUCGCUGGUGUACGACACGGGAGAUGAGAUCGAACGUAAACACGCCGUCUUCUAUCCGAACAUCUUCAACGCCGACUACGACAGUGACGACCCCGACACGGAAACGGUUGAAGACACGUUCGACAAACGCUCGGAUGCAAGGGGCCCUGAGACCGAGUCGGUUGAGAUUGCGGAAAUAAACGGCCAGCGUAUGAUGUUUGUCGGGAACGAACGCACGAGUACAAUCAUGGUGUAUACCUUCGAAGGAAACUCAACUACUCCGAACUUUGAGUCUAUCUAUCGCUCCGGAGGAACCAGUGAUACUUUCACGGAACUCUACAAUGAGAGAAACUUUGGUGAUGUAGACCCAGAAGACAUACGGUUUAUCAAAGCAUUGGAGACCCCAUACGGUAAACCGUUACUACUCGUCACUAGCGCUCAAAGUGGGACAGUGAGUAUGUACGAAGUCAUCGACAGUAAUGACCAAGAAACGACUACCAGCACCAGCGACGACUACACGGUGGUAUUGGAUCCGAUCUCGACGGUUUACAUACCCUACGAUUACAAAUCAGACGAGACACCAAAGUACGGACUGAACGAAGACGCAAUAGAACAAAGCGCUUAUGAUAAGAUCAACGCUGUGGUCUACUCUGUUGGCGGGAAAUUUCUGCACGUCAUAGAUAUCUCUGACGUCACGAGGCCGAACAUUGUUCAUUACAUGGAGCUAUCGGCCUCUGGGAACGAUAUUGAGCUAUGCGGCAAUGUCAUUGGUAUUGCUUUAGAUGGUAAUCCGGGGACGAUGGAAUUUUACAGCCUCUAUGACAAACAAAAUAGUCAUCUCUCUCUCACUCUAAGCGUUACAGUUGGGAGUAAACCAGACAUGCUAAAAUUCACCGCUGACUGUCGCACCGUCCUGAUAGCUAACGAAGGAGAAACGAUUGCCGAGGAUGGGUUCAUCAUUGAUAAUGAAGGCUCUGUUUCUGUUCUUCAUCUCAGUGAAACAGGAACUGUUCUCAAACAUAUGAACUUGAACUUCACGUCCUUUAACACAAGAGCUCAAGACUAUCUUGAGCGCGGUGUCAGGUGGCCUUAUAGAGGAGAAAUAAGUGAAAAUCCAACAGUUUUUUCUCAAUCAAUAGAACCAGAGUAUAUUACUUUGAAUGGAGAUGACACAAAGGCGUACAUUUGCCUUCAGGAAAACAAUGCUAUCGCAGUGAUAGAUCUAACUUCAGACACCAUUGUAGACAUUUAUCCUCUCGGAGUCAAGUCUUGGAAGAAUUUGCUUCUUGACGCAAGCGACAAAGAUGGAGGGAUUCAUUUCGAAUCGUACGAUAUCUACAGCAUCUAUCAGCCUGAUGCCAUUAAAUACAUGGAGGUGGAUGGUGUUGGUUACAUCAUUACGGCCAAUGAAGGAGACGACUUGGAUUAUGACGCUGGUGAAAGAGAAUGGGCCGAGGCGAAACGAGGAAAGGACUUUGUGGACGAUAACGAGCUCUCUGCUUCGGUGUCCCCUGCUCUGCGGGAUGCUCUAAACGACGAUGACAAACUAGGCCGACUGAUGUUCAGUACAGUGGAUGGCCGCAACCCACAAGAUCCUACCAAGUUCGACAAACUUCACUUCUUCGGAGGGCGUAGUUUCACAGUGUUCAGGGCGGACGAUUUCUCACUUGUGUACGACAGUGGGGACGAGGUUGAAAGACAACACGCCAUCUUCUUCCCCGAGGUUUUCAACGCUGAAGGAAAAUCAAAGGACCCCGACGACGAGUCACCCGAAGAUAAAUUUGACAUCCGUUCUGAUAACAAAGGACCGGAACCCGAAGCGAUUGAGACGGGUGAGCUCAAUGGAAAGCAUCUCCUGUUCGUUGCGCAGGAGCGAACCAGUACUGUGGUGGUGUACAGCUUCCCGGAACAUUCCGCUGUUCCGAAAUUCGAGUCAAUUUACAGGGCUGGUGGGACGAGCGACUCUUUCGAAAAGCUACUGGAAAACCGGAACCUUGGGGAUCUUCAUCCGGAAGACUUGAAAUUUAUCCCAGCCUCAGAUAACCCCAGUGGCAAACCCAUCCUGUUAGUAACAAGUACAGCCAGUGGUACUUUGUCACUAUACGAAGUGAAGGAGACCCAGCUAGACCAACUCAUUAAUGGCGGCAGUCCAAGUGUGCGUACAUCGGUAACAACGUGUGUAGUCUCAGUAUUAGUGUACAUGAUCAUCAAGAUGUUAUGAAUAUCACCGCAUGCCACAACCAGCAGCUGUCGAAAUAAAACUCUCCCAAAUUUGCACAUAAAUGUUUUGUUCAGAAAUUUGGUGUGUUAUUAUGUUUAAGUAAGUUUACGUUGACGUUUAAAAUAUCUUCCAGCCGCUGUCGAAAUAAAACUCUUCCAAAUUUGCACAUAAAUGUUUUGUUCAGAAAUUUGUUACGUAUGUGUUUAGUAAGUUUACGUUUACGUUUAAAAUAUCUUCAUUCUUCAGAAUAUUUUUGUUUCAAGGCAGUGGACACUAUUGGUAGU